AUCUGACCCAGGGAUUGUAAUAGGUGUUUAUCGGUGCUGACACAAUGAGAAUCUUCCCGUGUUGUAAAAUUUCUAAGACUGUGGACUGUGAAGUAGGGUGUUUCAGAACUCUUAACAGUUUCUGUUUCUACAAAGGGAGAGCUUUCGAAAGUUUAAAUGUUACAUUUUGAUGAUCUCGGGAUAUUUCAAGCACUUUAACUAAUCCGGCACCUUGUUUUUUAAAAAAAAUGAAAAAUGCUGGAAAUAAACAGUCUCUGUGGAGAGAAACGUGAUGCUUCAUUUGUUUUUGGACAUACUGUCAAUGUUGUAAGAUAAAGCCUCAGUGUGAUGAUUCUAGAAUCUGUGUUCUUGAAUUAAUCAGAAACUGAAUCAAUCUGAGAGGAUACUUAUGGCAGCAGAAAGUAUUAUACGGUCCAAACAGACUACAGAAACUGUUCAUGGAAUCCUGACUGAGGUUGUGUGCACAGUGUUCAGUGAUUACGUCUUUGUGGUGGUUACGCAGUAUGGCAAAAUGGGAACAUUGAUCUCUGUUGUGCCACAUUGUGUGUCAAAUCAGAUCAGCAAGCCCACAUUUAGCACAAAGAUCCUGAUGGGAAAGGAUGAGCCUCUAAUCCAUGUUUAUGCAAAGCACCUUGUGACUUUUGUGUCUGAGGAGUCUGGGAACAAACCAGUGCUACUUGCCUUGGCCCUCAAAAAUGCAAACGUGGAGAGUAUUAAAUCUAUCAAAAAAUUGAUUCAGAGUUGCCGACUCUGGUGAAACUUACUAGUUAGCAGGGUUGAGACUAACUAAUGUUUGCAAAAUCCACUGUGACUUCUCCAUUCAUGGGCAAAAAUGUCACAACACACUUUAACUUGAGUGCAAAUGUUACUGAAUGGAAAUAAGAGUAGCUGUACUGUGUAUAUUUGAUGCACAGCCAUUGAACUGGAAAGCUAGCAUUUGUACUUAAUUGAGGAACAUCAUUGCAACAUAUUUUAAGACUGCACAUAGUCCCAAGGCAAUAGAUACCUGAUGUUAAUUUCCAAUUAUAAGUCUUAAUUGAAAGUAAAUUGGGACACUGGUAUAGGAAGAAUGGCUGACUAGACUUUACGUUCUGCUCUUGAAUGUACAGAGGCAAACAAUUAAUGGAACAUUUGGAAAUGUAUUGGAAUAAAAGUUUUUUUUCAUGAAAAGGA